CAAGACUAUCCUGCACUCCUUGAAUUCCUUGAAGGCAGUCAGGAUGAUCUACAGUUCCGGAGAAAGCUUGCUUGGAAAGCUUUUUGAGCAUGUUGCUUCUUAUGAUAUAAAAUAGUCCCCAAAUCCAACAAAAAUCAAAUCGGAAUCCACAAACCCAAAAAAAUAAAAAAUAAAAAAUAAAAUCUAAUAAUAUAAAAAACAAAUGGAUGGUAGAAAAAAAAAAUCAAGCAUCAAGCAUCAAGCAUCAAGCAUCAAGCAUCAGGCCAUCAGCCCUCAACCCUCAACAAUAAAUGCAAAAACAACCAAAACAUUUCAAAGCAUCCUUCCAUAACCAUUUCCCCUUCUCCCUAACUAUUUCUCAUCCCUAACCUAAAGAACAUAUUUGCAGAUUCAAGACUCGUGUGUUAUCACUGGGCAUGGCCAUUGAUAAAUAUGAGGUGGUCUUUAUCUCCACUCCUUUGAUCGGCAACUUGGUUCCUACCGUCGAAUUUGCCCACCACCUGACUCGUCAUGACCCUCGAUUCUCUGCCACCAUUCUCAUCAUCACGGUGCACGAGAGAAUAAUCGUCAACCUUUACACACAAUCACUUGCCACCGCUGCCUCUCACUCUCAGUCACACGUCAAUUUCAUCCAUCUCCCUACCGUUCAACCUCCCACUCGUUAUCAGUACCAAUCUUCAUUGGGUUACACAUCCCUCUUCAUAGACAAGCACAAGCCCCACGUCAAACAUGCCAUCUCCACCCUCGCCUCAACUACUUCUGUUGCUGCUCUCUUUGUUGACAUGUUUACCACUUCCAUGAUUGAUGUUGCCCAAGACCUUGGCAUUCCUUGCUAUCUCUUCUUUGCUUCUCCAGCCAGUUUUUUGGGGUUUAUGCUUCAUUUGCCAGCGUUAGCUACCCAGCUAGCUGCCGACUUUGUUGACUCCCACUCUGGGUUAAUCGCUCCCAAAGACUCCGCAAUUGAGUUGAUCGUCCCCACUUUUUCUAAACCCUUGCCCCCAAGCGUGUUGCCGUCCAGUGUGCUAAAGAGAAACAAGGAUGGCUAUUUCUGGUACUUAGAGCACGCACGCAGGUACACGGAGACAAUGGGUAUCGUAGUAAACACGUUUCUUGAACUGGAGCCCCAUGCCAUUGCCUCGCUCUCAAUCAGUGGGUUACCUCCAGUUUACCCAGUGGGUCCGAUUCUGGAUCAUGCUGGAGCAUCCCAAUGGCACACGGAUGGAGCCCAGCUACAUGAUUCCAUAAUGGAAUGGCUUGAUCAACAGCCUCCCUCUUCAGUGGUAUUCCUCUGCUUCGGGAGCAUGGGAAGUCUUAAAGGACCCCAAUUGAGAGAGAUCGCAAUUGGGUUGGAGCGUUCUGGGUAUCGAUUUUUAUGGUCCAUCCGCGAGCCACCCAAAGGCAAAUUAGAUCUCCCAGGUGAGUACACCAAUGUAGAGGCUGUUUUGCCGGCGGGGUUUCUGGAUCGGACGGCUGGAUUGGGGCUUGUGUGCGGGUGGGUUCAUCAAGUGAGAGUAUUGAGCCACCAAGCAAUUGGAGGGUUUGUAUCACACUGUGGGUGGAAUUCCAUAUUGGAGAGUGUAUGGCACGGGGUUCCUAUUGCAACAUGGCCAGUGUAUGCGGAGCAACAAAUGAAUGCAUUUGAGUUGGUGAAAGAGCUGGGAUUGGGUGUGGAGAUAAGAUUGGAUUACAGGGAGGGCAGUGAUUUGGUGGUGGCUGAGGAGUUAGAAAGAGGGUUGAGGCGUUUGAUGGACGGAGAAGAUGAAGUGAAGGCCAAGGUAAGGGAAAUGAAGAGCAAGAGUAGGAUGGUACUGAUGGAAAAUGGUUCCUCCUGUAAAUCCUUAGCAUCCUUAAUUCAGGAAAUCAGCGGUAGGAUACAAGGUUUGAAGAAAGAUUGUUAGCUACAACUUGUGGUUCAUGCACUGCCAUGCUGUGAGGAUAGGAGAUGCACCGGUGCAAUUCUGAUCGGCAUGAUAAAUAUCGAGCUUGCGGGAUUCUCAUGGUUAGGAAUUUAGGAUGCAGGUUUUAAAGGAGAUAUUGAAGUCACUUGUGCAGGCAUUGCUCAUAGAAAGGAUAGUUUUUUUACCAAUCUAUGUUAUCUAUCACCCCAAGGUCAUGUUUGCUGAUCAUUUAUUGAUCACGGUUACUUAUGAUUGUAAGACAUUUAUAUUACUUAUGAUCACCCCAAGGCCAGGUGUUCACUCAGGUAGUGAAAGUAAAGCUACUCAAGAGGUAAA